AUGUCGCGACGGCCCAACCCUGCCGCUGAUCGGGCGGAACAGAAUCGCGCCACGCUCAAGAACCUGGUGAAGCUCGAGGGCAACAAGACAUGCUCCGACUGCAAGAGGAACAAACACCCACGAUGGGCCAGUUGGAACCUGGGCGUCUUCAUCUGCAUUCGGUGCUCGGGAAUCCACCGUGGCAUGGGAACACACAUCAGUAAAGUGAAGUCAGUCGACCUCGAUACCUGGACCGACGAGCAACUCCAGAGCGUGCUGAAAUGGGGCAAUGCGCGAGCCAACAAGUACUGGGAGUCGAAACUGGCGCCUGGCCAUGUGCCGUCCGAGGCAAAGAUUGAGAACUUCAUUCGCACAAAGUACGAGUCGAAGCGAUGGGUCAUGGAGGGACCUAUGCCCGAUCCCUCGACUUUGGAGGCGGACGAUGACGAUAUUCCAUUGAAGAAGGUUCAGGAGAAGGUCCAAAUAGAACGCUCCGCAUCGCAACGCCUAGCUCAGAGCUCCAGCCAGCCUCCCCCUCCACCGCGACAAGCACAGCCGCCGCCAACCAUCGACCUUUUCGGCGACGACCCCGUUCCUCAGCGACCGAGCACCGGACCCCCGAUUGCAGCCAGAGGGCCCCCCAAGGCAGAGACAGCCCCACCGAAACAGAACAAGGCAGGCGAUUCAUUGUUGGGAUUGGACUUCCUCGGCGGGUCGUCUUCUGCGGCACCAUCUCGUCCAUCUAGCACAGGUCCUGCUGCAGCGGCGCCCUCGAGACCAGAUCUGAAGCAGUCCAUCUUAUCGCUGUAUGCUUCCAAGCCUGCUGCACCGCCCCAGCCCCAGCAGCAUGCGCGUCAAGACUCGUUCGGCGGACUGGCGUCACCCCAAGGACAGCAAUCGCCCCAACAGUCGGCCUUUGGUGGCAUGAACGACGCCUUUAGCAGUCUGUCUUUCAACCCUGCUCCGGCAGCUAAACCCUCACCUUUUUCUGGCCUCGACAGCUUCUCCAGCGCAAAGUCACCGCCUUCAACAUCUUCCUCCAACAUGUUUGGUGGUGGCGGCAACUUCUUUGAUUCCAAGCCUGCUCCCCAGACUCAAUCGCAAAGCCGCACAAUGAGUCCGUCGGGUGGAAUGGCUGACUUCAGCGCUUUCUCUUCUCCCGCCCCAUCCAAGCCUGCAGCUCCUGCAGCAAGCGGCAUGAACGAUCUUUUAGACCUGUCUAUGCCGUCUGCACCGGCGCCUGCACCAAGGGUCACUUCCCCACCACUCGCAUCGCCACAAGCGAGCUCAGCAUUCAAUCUAUCUUCACCAGCAUCAGCACCCACUCCCAAAGCUGCCCCUGCCCCUGCGACCGUUAACUACUCAGGAUUCUCGAACAUGGACGCUUGGGGUAGCAAUGACGUCUGGGGUUCUUCUGCUCCGAGCCAGCCCGCAGCUCGAUCGACGGCAUCGCAUGCUCAGCCUACGACGCCCGGCUGGGGCGCACCACAAGUAACCCAAGACGACGACUUUGGUGGCUGGAGCAGUGCAGCACCCACCACAACCACGCAGACGACUACCACAACUCACACCACAACUACUCAAAGUAAGCCUGCAGGAGGAUUCGGUGGCGGAAGCGAUGAUCUCUUCUCCAACGUUUGGGAAUAG